AUGUAUGUAAUGGUUAAGCCCGAAAAUAAGCAUAGUUUGCUGCUCGAAAAUGUCAGGCCAAAAAGUAUUGUUCCUUGUCCUGCUUUGUCUGAUGGUGUCAGUGCCUGGAGUUUGCCCAGUCAACCAUUGAAUGGAACGGCCAUCACAUCGUCGGCGAAAAGGCAGCUCAUCAAGGAUUUUGUGGCCAAAGUUCAGGAAUUGAUAAGGGCGUUAGUGAAACAGCUGACUGAUCUGACGGCCACUAAAAAGAUCUUUAGAAACGAAAAUGUUUUGUAAAAUUUCCUAAUAAAACAAAUUAAAAACAUUA